CGCCUCGAAGUGGCUUUGUCAGCUUUGUUUUUGGGUUUUCGACUUGUUUCGUCGUGUUGGCGGCGACAAUGCCCAAACGCAAGUGCAAAUUCACGGAACAGCUGGGAAAAGAGUACCCCUUCAUCAAGAAAACCAAGUCAGAGGCAGAUGUACGCUUUGAUACAUGUGGGGCAGACUUUUCAGUCGCUCACGGUGGACGUUCGGAUGUAGUAAAACACAUCAGCUCUGUCAAGCACAAGCAGUGUGUGUCGGCGGCUGCUAGUUCCAGUGCAGUAACCUGGUUCUUCAGACAGGAACGUGCCGGGGAAAAGGAGCUCCAACUUGCUGCAUCAGAGGGUGUCUUCGCCUUCCACACAAUCGCUCACAACCAUAGUUUCCGAUCAAUGGACUGCACUUCAAAGCUGGUGCAGAAAUUGUUCAAUGAAAAAUUUUCCUGCGCUCGCACAAAGGCAGAAGCGAUUGGUUUGAACGUGCUUGCCCUGUCUGCAGAGGAAGAAUUGAAGACAGACCUGCAGGAGGCUAAAUUUAUCUCAGUGUUCUGUGAUGCUUCCAACCACAAGGAUUUGAAGGUGCUCCCGAUAAUGGUGCGCUAUUUCACCGCUGCUGCAGGAGUGCAGACGAAGCUCCUUGAGAUUAACACCUUGCCAGGUGAGACUUCGGCAAUGGUGAGCCAGUACAUAAUGGACGCACUCGAAGCCAACCAAGUCACAUAAAAGCUGGUUGCUUUCAGUGCCGACAACGCAAAUUGCAACUUUGGUGGAGCGGCGCGAAACGGGAAGAACAAUGUGUUCUCGAGAUUGCAAGAUUCUAUGGAUCACAAGAUCCUCGGAAUUGGCUGCGCUGCGCACAUAGUGCACAACACCGUUCAGACUGCUGCCGAUUGCCUACCAUUGGAUAUUGAGGCCGUGAUUGUGAAAAUCUACUCGUAUUUUUACAUUUACACGGUCAGGGUGGAGUCGUUCAAAGAGUUUUGUGAUUUUGCAUCAGUGGAGUACCAGCAGCUUCUGGGCUAUAGCAAGACCAGGUGGUUGGCAUUGAUGCCAGCUGUUGAGAGGGUCCUAAAGCUCUAUCCAGCUUUAAAGGCAUAUUUUUUGUCCAUAGACAAGUGUCCGUCUCUCAUCAAGUCGUUUUUUGAAGACCCAUGUGGAGAGCUCUGGCUCUAUUUUCUGCAUAGUCAAGCUGCUAUGUUUGAAGCUACUGUACUCCAAAUUGAAGGAGACACGAAGACAGCUGCGGAAGUAUACAGUGCCUUAAGCCAGCUGCAGACCAAAGUGCAAGAAAGAUUUGAGCAAUCAUUUCUGCCAUCAAGUGUGCGCUCAAGGGCAACAGAGCUCGAAGAACAGGGACAAGUUCGAAGAGAACAGGUUGUGAAUACUGUGGUGAAGUUUUAUGCAACUUGCGCGUCAUACCUCGACCGAUGGUGCAAGCAGUUUGAUGAAGUCAGAAGCCUUCUAUGGGUCUCGCUUGGGUCACCCCCAUGCUGGGAUGACGUGCAGGUAACUGUAGAACUCAUAACUUCAGAGUUCAAUCAUGUCACUGUUGAUGAGAAUGCCAUGUUUGAUGAAAUCAAUAAUGUUUCACAUUAUGCGACCGCUGAAAAAAUUAAGGAAUGGAAGGCGCGGAAAAUAUCUGUUGGGGAACGCUGGGUGGAGAUUCUCGGGCACUUCGAGAAGAAUGAUGUGCCUUGUGAGAACUUGAUGACCGUGCUGGAAUAUUGCAUGUGCCUGCCAGGUACAAAUGCACCAGUAGAGAGGGUGUUUUCUCUCAUGAACAAAAUAUGGACCGCAGAGAAGACGCAGCUUAAAGUGGCGACACUAAAAGUCAUGCUUGUGCUAAAGGUAAAUGUACGCAUGACGUGCGAGCAAUACUUUGCGCAUCUUUGCAAAAAGGAACAUUUGCUAAAGAAAAUACAUUCCAGCCAGAAGUAUUAAAGAAGGAAAAACUUUUCGCACGGGUUGAUUUAGAAAAACGAAAAUGGCUUUUGCGUGUUUGAAAUAAAAAUGUAUGAUUGAAUGGUCUCUUCGUGCCUACCUACCUGCCUA